AUGUCAGCCGCCGAGCCAGAAAAGCAAGACCUACCGGCGGCGCACAGUCACAGUGACGACUACGACCCGGAAAGACACGAGCGCCCCGGCAUUAUCUCAAGCAGCAGCGACGACGAUGACUACCACCAUCAUGACGACACCGCUUCGUCGAGGGUCGGCCCGUCGCUGUCGCCCGUCGCCUCAGCAAUGCCCCGGACGUCGCGCCUCUCCCGUACCGUCUCCGAAGUCCGUGACGGCAUGCUCAACCAGCGCGAUCUCGAAAUUGGCGAGGAUAGCAACGAUGGCGACGGCAGCAAGGAGCAACAACAACAACAGACGCCGGACCCCAACUUGGUGACCUGGGACGGGCCCGACGACAAGGAGAACCCCAAAAACUGGUCUUUGAAUAAGAAGUGGAUGGACGUUCUUCUCGUCUCCCUCUUCACCUUCAUCUCCCCCAUAUCCUCCUCCAUGGUCGCCCCCGCGCUGCCCGUCAUCGGCGAGGAGAUGCACAUCACCGGCCGCACCGAGCAGGUCCUCGUCAUGUCCAUCUUUGUCGCCGCCUACGCCGUCGGCCCCCUCCUCUGGGGCCCGCUCUCCGAGCUCUACGGGCGCGUGCUCAUCCUGCAAGCCUCCAACGUGUGGUUCUUCGGCUUCAACCUCGGCUGCGCCCUCGCGCGCACCGAGGGCCAGAUGGUCGCCUUCCGCUUCCUCGCCGGCCUGGGCGGCUCCGCGCCGCUCGCCAUCGGCGGCGGCAUCCUCGGCGACCUCUUCGCCGCCGAGCAGCGCGGCAAGGCCAUGAGCGUCUACUCGCUGAUGCCGCUGCUCGGCCCGGCCAUCGGGCCCGUCGCCGGCGGCUGGAUCGCCCAGCAGACCUCCUGGCGCUGGGUCUUCUGGAGCACCACCAUCGCCUGCGGCCUCAUCCAAGCCGUCGGCCUCGUCUUUUUGCGCGAGACGUACGCGCCCGUGCUGCUGCACCGCAAGCGCGUGCAGCUGGUCCGCGCCACCGGCAACGCGGCCCUGCGCACCGAGUACGACCACCCGGAGCGCACGCUCGCGCAGACGCUCGGCAAGGCGCUCACCCGGCCCUUUCGCCUCCUUGGCACGCAGCUCAUCGUGCAGAUCCUCGCGCUGUAUAUGACGUACCUCUACGGCACCAUCUACAUCCUCUUCUCCAGCUUCCCCACGCUCUUCGCCGAGGAGUACCACGAGCGGCCGGGAAUCCAGGGCCUCAACUACAUCUCCAUCGGCCUCGGCUUCUUCCUCGGCACCCAGGUCUGCGCGCCGCUGCAGGACCGCAUCUACGCCGCGCUCAAGCGCCGGUACGUGCCCGACGGCGGGCCGGGCCGCCCCGAGUUCCGCGUCCCGCUCAUGGUCCCCGGCGCCGUCCUCGUCCCCGUCGGCCUGCUCAUCUACGCCUGGACCGCCGAGUACCGCACCCACUGGAUCGGGCCCAACAUCGGCGCGCUCAUCUUCUCCCUCGGCAGCAUCAUCGGCUUCCAGUGCGUCCAGGGCUACCUCGUCGACACCUACACCCGCUUCGCGGCCAGCGCCGUCGGCGCCGCCACCGUGCUGCGCAGUCUCGCCGGCUUCGGCUUCCCGCUCUUCGCGCCGGAGAUGUAUCAGGCCCUGGGCUAUGGCAAGGGCGGCACAAUUCUCGCCGUGGCCGCCAUCGUCGUCGGCUGGCCGGCACCGAUACUGCUAUGGUACUUUGGCGCCAAAUGGCGAGCCCAGAGCAAGUUUUCCGCUUGA